CUGUUUAUUUUCUAUUUCAAUGCGGAGGAAGAUGGCAAUGGCGUCGGCUGUGUGCAGCCUUUCAAGGCGUUUUGUGUUGAAAAACACCCGGGUUUUGACUCAUCACAUUAAAUACACCGGCACAAAGGUUUCGAUUCGAAAUGCAGUUACAACGUCUUCGGGCGCCGUUCUCCCUAAGCCUGUUAAAACCUCCUUCGGUCUUAUCCGCAUGACCAUUGUCGUCGUGCCCUUCCUGUACGUGGGCACGCUGAUCAGCAAGAACUUCGCCGCCCUGCUGGAAGAGCACGAUAUCUUUGUCCCCGAGGACGACGACGACGACGACUGAACCAUUUGUUGAAGUAAUGAUGGCAAGCAGAGCAAAGGAGAAGAAAAGAAAAGGGACAAAAGACAGGAGAACUCGACAGUGAUCAACGACGGUUUUGACUUCCUAAGAUUUAUCUCCAUUGUUCCGUUCCCAUGGUCCUCUCCUAUUUUUUCCAGUUAUUGGGAAACUGGGAUUUUUGGCCGGUGCCACUUAGGCCUCCUUCUAUGGCAUGUACAGAGAGCUUUACCGAAUAAAACUAACCAGUGUGUCUGAG